ACGCCCUCACCCUUCUCUCACUGCUCACUCUCCCCUCUCUCCACUCCCACACCGGUGGCGGCGAGCACAAGAUCUAGAUGGCAAGCAGCGGCUACAAGCAUCCGAGCGAAGCUCUGGACAGCGAGCACCGAUUUCAUCACCACAACGACAGGCAUCGAUCAACGGAGAUCGACAAUGGUGCUUUGGGGAACUCCUCCAAGGGCAAGGAGGUAGCGGCCGGCAAGAAGGGCAAGGCGAUGGUGGAGCUCGGCAGCGCCCCCAAGAGGCCGAAGAACUACGGCCAUCUCCAUGAGGGCGGUAGCACAAGCCACUUUUGCAAGGUCAUCCUUGCACCCAUGCUGGAGUGUAUGUCGAUGCCAGUUGAGUUCACCAAGCGCUUGACCACUGUCCGUGCUGAGGAUGAAAAUCAGCUGCGCCUGGAGGGUGAUGGUUCGAAUGAUCAACAACAGGGCUCACCAAGGGUUGGGCCCCUUCGUCGUUGCUCACCAGAUGGGGAUCGGGUACCUCUUCACCUUUAAGUUGGCGGCUCCCAAAACCCUGAAGAUGGUCGUCUUCAACGGCAACGGCAUCGAGGUGGUGACUAAGGGUAAGAGGAACGAGGAGGCAUUUGUCAUGGAUUGUUAGCAAGUUAUCCCUGCACCUUUAAGACUUUUGCGUAGUAUGUUUAAGACUUUGCCGCAAUUGUUUGUCGUUUAACUACAUGUGACUGUGUGUUUAAGACUGGUUUAUGGGUUUAUGUUAUGAUUGUUUA